GUAUUCAUCCUUGACAGUUCAGCGGUACUGUUUACAAACAAGCUUAAACAAAAAUCGAAGAGCACAUCUAAAACAAUCAUCUUCACACUUUGCAACUAGUCACUUUUAUUUAAUAAAUAUCAAAAACGAACCGUAUUCAAUCGUGAACAAAUGUUUUAAAACUUUAUUUAGGCGAUACGGACCGUAAAUAGUCUGAUCCAAUUUGUCAAUAAACAAACAAAAGAAAUUUCUGUUUACAAACAGUACUGCUGGACUGUCAAAAAGUGUUCAUCCGAUUGAGGUUAGCAGUGACGGUAAAAAACCUAAUAAUUGCUAUAUCAACAAUCAGUGAGGUAUAAACACUACCAUAGAUAUAUUUUGAUUGCUCGUACAGAUCUGAGGAAAUAAUCAAAUUCAACAAUGGCUUAUUACAAAGGUGCUGCCAGUGAAGGCGGCCGUGCUAUGCAAUUGAUGAAAAAACGAGAGAUUGCACAGCAAGAGAUUGAAUUUCGUAAGAAAAAGAUUGAGGAAGAUUUAAAAGUUAGUAAUAUUGAGAACAAAUUCGCUACUCAUUAUGACGCCGUCGAACAACAACUUAAAACUUCGACUAUUGGUUUGGUAACCUUAGAUGAAAUGAAACAAAAGCAAGAAGAUAUCGUUCGGGAACGUGAGAAAAAACUAGCCCAGAAGAAGGAAGAAAAAGAUCGCGAAAAGUUGCGCGCUCUGGAGGCAAAACAAGCUGAAAAAGAUCGUCAGAAACGACAAAUUCAAGCUUUGUCAUUUAAUCCCAGCGAUGGCGAAGAUGAUGAAUUAGAAGAAAAUGAUGCGUUUGAUAUCAAGCCAAAGAAAUGGCAAACCGAGGAACGCAAUGAACAUAAAAUAAAAAAGAUAAGAAAGAAUCCUGAUGUCGAUACUUCAUUUCUCCCAGAUCGCGAACGUGAAGAAAUGGACAAUACGUUAAGAGAAGAGCUUCGUCAGGAAUGGGCAAUGAAGCAGGCUACGCUGAAAGAUCAAGAAAUAAUGAUCACUUUCAGUUAUUGGGAUGGAUCGGGGCAUCGAAAAUGUGUCACUAUGAAAAAAGGAAAUUCAAUAUACCAAUUCUUGCAAAAAUGUCUGGAAAUGCUUCGCAAAGAAUUUAGUGAGUUGAAAACUGUUAUGGCUGAUCAACUCAUGUAUGUUAAAGAAGAUUUGAUUCUUCCGCAUCAUUAUACUUUUUACGAUUUCAUAGUUACGAAAGCUCGUGGAAAAAGUGGCCCUUUAUUCAAUUUCGAUGUCAAAGACGACAUUCGGAUGAUUAGCGACGCAACUGUCGAAAAGGAAGAAUCUCACGCAGGAAAAGUCCUUUUGCGUUCUUGGUAUGAAAGAAAUAAACAUAUUUUUCCUGCUUCUCGAUGGGAACCAUACGACCCAGCAAAAAUUUACGAUAAAUAUACGAUUAAGGAUAAAUGUAAAAAAUAAUUUCGUAUAAUUAAGCUUCCGUAAUCUUUUAAAUAAAUAUUGUACAACAAA